UGACCCACGUGACUACACAGUGAGCUGAGGGGAGGCUGGUGUUAGGAAGACUACAGUGCUUUAAAAAAGUUCCCCAAAACUCCUGGCCCUAAGACACACAUGCACACCUCCUAGAAUCGCCCCGCUCCUCCAUUACAGGGAUGUAGAGUCCUGAGCAUGGGGAAACACCUUCCCACCACUGGACACACACACACACUCUCACACACUCCUACUCUGUGGACAUAUACACUCCUACUCACAGAGCGUUUGAUGGUGAGAAGAGCCUGGACACCGAGAAGCGCAUACCGAUACUUCAGACUACUUCAGUUUCUCCUGAACUCAGGGGCCCUAACGUGGACGUUGGUCUGAACCCUCCUAUUAGUCACCUGGUCUUCAGCCCUGGGCCUGGGAGAGAGAUCGAGGAGCGAGAUCUCUCCAUCACCAGAUCUUCAGGAUGAAUAAAACGUGGACAAGUGAGGUGGUUUAGAGCGGGAUGUCUUAACGCUGUGCCACCGUCUGUAUCGUGGAAGAGGCCGUAGAGCAGAUCCUGGCGAACCCUGACCCCUGUGGUGGGGGGGUGAGCUCGGGGCAAUGCGGUGCCCCACCCUGCUGGCCCUGCUGGCAGGUGUCAUGCUUUACCUGGUGAUGGGGGCGCUGGUGUUCCGGACCUUGGAAAGCCCCAAGGAGAGCAAGGAGCACGAGAAGCUGCUCUGCACCACACGCGACUUCCUUGGAAACCACUCCUGUGUCACCGCACAGAACCUCAGCGACCUCAUAAAGAGUGUGGUGAAAGCGGUGGAGGCAGGCCUGGACGUAAAACACAGUUCCACCAACUUCACUAGCAGGUGGGACCUGGCCAGCGCCUUCUUCUUCUGUGGUACCAUCAUCACCACCAUCGGGUUUGGGAACCUGUCUCCCAGGACCAAAUGGGGCCAGCUGUUCUGUGUCUGUUAUGCCCUGGUAGGGAUCCCCAUGUUUGGUUUCCUGCUGGCUGGUGUCGGGGACCACAUGGGGACGGGGCUGAGGAAGGCUGUGUGGAAGAUGGAGACACUCUUCCUGAAGCGGCGGGUCAGUCCCACCUAUGUGCGGGUCAUGUCUGCCGUUCUGUCCAUCCUGAUUGGCUGUCUGAUCUUCCUCGCCGUGCCAACGCUGGUGUUUAAGGAAGUGGAGGACUGGUCAUUUCUGGAGGCGCUCUACUUUGUGGUCAUCACCCUCACCACGGUCGGCUUCGGAGACUAUGUAGCAGGUGCUAACCGGAGGGACGGAGAUCUGUUUAAGCCCCUGGUGUGGCUCUGGAUAGUGUUUGGCCUGGCUUACUUUGCCUCUAUACUCACCAUGAUUGGGAACUGGCUGCGGGUCCUAUCCAAGAAAACACGUGCUGAGAUGGAGGAGUUGAGGGCCCAUGCUACAGACUGGACCCAGAACAUGUCCAUGGACUUCCGGAUCCUCAACCCUCUGGACCUCAACGACCCCUUCCUGCAGCAGCGGCGCCGCUGGAAACUCAGCACCCGGCGGCGGGUCCGCAGGGGGGUGCUGGGGCACCACGGCAGGCAGGGUGUCAUAGGGGAGAACGGACAUCUGCCCAAUAGGUGGGUCACCCACACCCGCUCCAUGACCCGUCUGGAGGUCGUGAGGUUAGGGGGGGGUGAGGUUAGGAAUGAGGGGGCGAGGUUAGGACCAGGGGCGGGGGGCAGGUCGUUGGGCCGGACGGUGGCGAGGUCGCUCUCAAUGCCUGCAGCACGCUCCGUGAUGGAGUUAGACUAUGACCCUGAUCCUGUUUCUAUGAUGAUGAUGCAAGGGGAGACUGGGUCUGUGUUCGAGUCUGAGUCUGAGUUGCCGUCCGAGUCUCCAGAGUCUGACUGCAGAUCAGAAGUCUCCUCCUCUGACUCUCACACCUCUGACGUGUGUACACCAGGGCAGGGGAUCACUUUUGCCAGUUUUGAUCCCAGUGGGUCUCUCUGUACUGAGCAGAGGGGAAGCCAGGGAGAAUCCAGGCAGGUAUUUUUCAAGGAGGACGUCCGGUUCCCUGUGCCUCUCCAGCAGCUCCCCAAGUCCCCCAAGCCCAUCCCCAUGUCGCCCAUAUUCUCUGUUACGCACAUGCCUCUCCCCAUACCCACCCCGCCAGGCUGCAAAAUGCUCGAUUUCUUUGGGGAGAACUUGGCCUACAUUGACGAGUCGUCGGACACGCUGAGUGACCGGAACCAGCCGGUUGAGGGGGGUGUCAGCCCUCGCCCCCGUAAGCCCCGCAGGAGGAGUAUGAGGAGGCAGCUGCCCCACCGGAGCCCCCUGAGGGAGAGGAGGGACAGCGACAUGCAGCCCCCCUCCAACCCCCCGACACCUCCCCCUCUCUCCCAUCUCAGAGACUGA